UCGACCCACGUGUAGGACUGCGCCUCGACAGCGGCGCUUUGACUCGAUUCAAUAUUAAGUGUCCAGUUAAAAGGAGAAGUCUUGAAUCACUGCGAGUACUCCCUCCCCCGCUCAUGUGGACCUUGGUGACGUGGGUUACUCAGUGCAACCGGUCGCGCAAGGGUUCUGUACUCGCAGCGCAUUCGCUGGUGAAUAUCGUGGCGCGCGAUUACUCUCCGCGCGGAACGAUCGAUAAAUACCUUCCGGGGAUUUUCAGUCCGCCAAGCAGCCACGGAUGCGCUCUCACGUGAGAUCAGGAAUAUCUGUCAAAGCGACCACGUGUUCCUACAAGUUCCCGGUACGUGCUCGCGUGUGCGUUCAGUGACGGAAAUAAGAGAAUUAGUUACGCGUAUGUCCGACAAACCGCGGAAUCUUGAUUCCACGUGAUACGUCCAGGGAAAUAGGUUGAUAUCGUAACGCUGCGGAUAAACGGGCCAAAUGCUUCGUGUCGUGUCACGCAGGACCGUUAGUAAUGAGGGAAUUAUCGUUGUAUUACUCGGUCAAGCCAAUACAGCUGGUUAACGCGACAGAAUAGACACGAGCAAGGGGAGGAAAGCAGGGAGCGAGAGAGGGGGAUAGGAGGUGGUGGAGAAGGAGGAAGGGGAGGAGGAGGAUGAUUGCAGAUGGGAUGCAAAGGAAGGGAUCGCAAUUUUUGUACAGAUAUAAACACGACUGUUGGUCAUUUUCUACUGUUGUAUUCGUUGUAAAGCCACACGUCAAUCUUAUUGAUCGAUCAAUCUAAGUAAAUACCGCGACUAGGGAAUCUAGAUAACGAUAGCAGUUCCUGAAUUGCUGGCCACGAAUCAUAUGUAAUCUGUUUACCAGUCUCAUUGUAACUUGCACAAAACUUGCGUGAGUGCUUUAAAAUAAUCGUGUUCAAGAUUAGUGGGGAGUAUCACGUCGAGCCGUGACUGUCCAGCAGUAGCUGAAUCGGUCUCGGCUAACACUGUCGAGAAUACUCGGUCGACGAACAGUGUCGGCGGAUACUGGUUGGCGAAAUUCCCGCGCAAACUUUGAUUGGUCGGGAAAGUUGUUGAAAAGUUGCAACGAGCACGGAACACUUGUUGCCGGGCCAAUAUUUAAGAUAAUCUUAAAGGGGAACCGAUUCGUCUCGGGUUUCAAGAAGUUAUCGUUUCCCGACCCUACUGAUAUUUGAUCUGCGGCUCGUACGUGUGAUAGUUGCAGGAGUGUAAGUUAAUCGAGCGUAAACGUUCGGAUCUGUGCAUCAACAGAGGCGAAGUUAAUGGCAGUCACCAUAAAUCAUCGUGUUAAUGUUCGAUUACCGACCAGGAUAGCGGAACAGAAUUCCUCUAAUCGGCAGGACAGGUACUUUGUUAUGUGGCGAAUCGCAGGGUCUAUAAUAUGCGAGACAGCGUGCUAGCCUUCUCAUUGGCAUGGAUUCUCGCGAUACAACGAGGACUAUGCGGCAAGCUCGAGCGGGUCGCGCAACGGCCGAACGUCGUUCUCGACGAUUAUUACGCCUACCGUCACAUCUCGAUCAUUCACUUCAACGUGCCGGACUGCACCGUCGCCGCAGAGUUCAAGUUCACUGUAGAAGAAGAGAAAACUGGAGGAAUAGGUAGAUGCUCGCCUCGAAAUGUCUCGGUAUUCCUGAAGUCCGGCAGCUUGCCGUUCGUACGACCGGACGGGUCGAAGAUCGCCGCGAAGCUAAUGAAAGGAAGACGCCGGUACUACGCUCUGAACAUGGAGAGCAACGGUGACAAGUACAUGAUCAGGAUAGACGCGCCAGCGCCAGGUGAUUGGUACGCGAUCGCGUUCCGAUCCUGGAGCGAUCCUGACAACGGGAAGAUCACUCAACAGGGCCUCGGAGCGUCCUGCGAUACAGUACUGAACGCUGAACUGCUCCUAGAGUCAGCAUCACUGGUGUCUUUAAUGGACUCGAAGCUGGAGUACGAGGUACAUAUGAACGAGAGCGCCGAUUCCGCCAUGAUGCAGCUGCUGAUACCUGACCAGUUCGUGGAGUCCAGCCUCUCCUUGAAGUCUUCUUGCGGCGAGGAGUGUCAAGUCGCUGUCCACGUGACCGCGGAUGACCACCUGGCAGCGACGAUCGUGAACACCACGAACUCCACCCUUUUCUUCAAGCCUUACUCGGAUAUGUUUCAUUACGUGACGCUUCGUCUGCUCUCCGGUAACUCGUCGAACGUGUCCCUGCAACUGCUGGACAACUCGCCCACCGAGGUUGGCCAGGUGAAAUCGCUGGAUCUGAUGAGGGAGUCGUUGCCCGACUUCUUCCUCUUCGACUACGAGCACCUGCUGGCGAACGGCACUAAGUCGUCCGCCUUCAACCUCUCCGCAGACACCAUGUCCGUCCUCAGCUUUGGAAUUGGUCGAAUAUACGACGUGGGCGGUACGCUGACCUUGGGUCUCAAGUUGGUGAACCUCAAUGAAAAAGAGAAGAAGAACGUCGUUGUCGUGGCUUGCAUUUCUUUAGGUUACUACGCCAAUAUCACUGCCGGUGGAGGCUGCGUGCGACUGGAGAACAUCACCGCGCCAGAUAUCUACGUGAACUCCACAGUACCAGCCAGCUUACACAUCCCUUAUCCGGAGCCAGGCACAUGGCACGUGAGCUUGAAGUCCUUCUGUGUGGAAAAGAAUUGCUAUUGCACGUCCACGUGCCUGAACGGCACCGCCUGCGACGAUUGCGAAUGCAUGACCCCCUGCAACGCCAGAGUAGAGAGCCGCAUCUCUUCCAUGCCCUGUAUCGAAGGCCGCUGCAACUCCCGUGGCAAGUGUAUGCACUACAUGAGCGGCGGCUUCGUGUUCGCCGCGUGCCACUGUUCAGGCGCGUACAGGGGUUUCGAUUGCGCUGACGACACCUACGUUCUCAGCACCCGUGAUGUGAUCGUCCGCGUGUUGCUGUUGACCUGCAGUAAUCUCGCAUUCAUCGCGUCCGUUUACGUGGCGGUGCGCAGGGAGUACUUUACAGAGGCUAUCGUCUACGCCGCUGUGAUGUUCUUCUCGACGUUCUACCACGCCUGCGAAGCUGGCGAGGACGUCUACAGCGUUUGUAUCAUGAGGCUGAGCGUCCUGCAGUUCUGCGACUUCUUCAACGCCCUGCUGUCCAUCUGGGUGACUCUGGUGGCCAUGGCCUCGUUUGGGCCGAAGCUCACCGCGUUUUGUCAGAUUGCUGGAGCUGUUAUCUUAGCCAUGAGCGCUGAAAUGGACCGCACGGCUCUGUGGGUGUUCCUUCUGCCUGCCAUCACUGGCUCGGCUUUGAUAGGCCUGUCUUGGGGCAGUAGGUGCAAGAGGAGAGGCACUGUUCGAUAUCCAUCUCGGCCUUACAGAAGUGUUUAUUUCCCGGCUGGUCUUCUGUUGGUCUCCCUCGGCUUGGUCUGCUACGCGUUCCUACAAACAAGAAGAAAUUAUUACAUCAUCCACAGCCUUUGGCACGUGUGCGUCGCCAUAGGGGUGGUUCUGCUUCUGCCGAAGCGACAAUACAUGAAAUGACUAGCGCGGUGUACAAAGAGUGUUGCCAAUAAUGGAAACGAGUACAAGAGUAUGUUUACGACUGUUGGUGCUGGAGAGCAAUCGUGCAUCGAAUGUAUAUUGUAGAUACCAGAGAUCUUAUUCUUAUAAAAAAAAAGUCGGGUAACAUUUAUAGAUAGGAGGGAUGUCAGUUAUCGAGUGCACUUUGAGAGCAAUAUGAAUUUAACAACGGAUAUCAAUUACUUUCAAGGUUUAGUGUAUAUACAUCCGUGUAUAGCUAAAGAAUAUUGAGUAUAUCGUUGAAUUGCAAUUAAGAUACGUUUAUCACAGUAAAAAGAAUGCAACGUUCUGAAGGGAGGUUCAUUUGAAUGCUUGACGCGUUACGUUUAUUCAGUUUAUCGAUGUUAACUUAUUUUUAUCAUUUAACAAUCCGUUGGAAGUAUCUCGCUAAGGACCAAAGAACUAGAAUACAUGUAUAGAGAAUAUUCACUAUUUUUCCAUGUAACAUCAUGAAGCUUUACAAUCUAAUUAAUCUAUACCCCUCAAGGACUCUUGAGAUUUAAGUUCCAGAUACCGGGUACCGGUAAAUUCGAACACGGUACACGAUAUCGAAUCUUGUAACAUUCGUUUCUCUUCUAUUAGGAAUGGACACCUCGCACGUGGAUUAUUAAUCGUGAAUGAUCAAUAUAUUUAUAUACGCUCUUAAAGAUUGUUGUGUCUACGUAUAUCGGGGGUUGUAGUAACUUUAAUCUAGAAUGUGCCUAUUUUGUUCGAACACGGUGAUUUACGAAGUAUGGUGAACGAAGGAGAUACAGUAGACCUUCAACGAAGCACGAAAUCGCAAGAAGAAUGUUCUAGAGUUACUAUUUCUCUAUUAUCAUCUGUACCGAUAACACGCGGAGAUACGACGCGUGGUACACGACCACGCCUAUCAAAACUCACGCGUGUAACGAAUGAUAAAAUAAAAGAGAGCAACAUACAGAGAUACAUCGCGGCUCUAGUUUUUAAUUAGUUAAUCGUUCACUUCGCUUACCAUCCUAAAUUAGAUGAUUCCUCACAGGAACUGGUCAAUCCCUACGAUCUAACAAACUAUUCAAAUGGAACCAUACGUUAACACGCUUAAGUCGCGUCUCGUCCUAUGGCGUUAAUGUUUCCUUCAUCAUGGAGGAAACAUCAAGGAAGUAAUCGGUCAUUGCCAGAAGCUCGCUUAACACAUUAAAGACCAAUGACGUUUCUAGUAUUAUUUACCAUCUAAUUGUGUUUUAGAAAAAUGCAGUUGUUCAACAGAAAAAAAACCAAUACAGCACAAACGCGCAGACUUAAAUUGUACCUUUCAAUGAUCGGCCUGUAAUGUGUUAAGCCUUCAACCCUGAUGUAGUUCUCAACUUUUCCUGUACAUUCGACACAUCACUAGAAUAGUACAAAUGCAUAGUCUAAUUAUCUUGUUCUCAAAUUGAAAUACAUCCCCGACAAGAUGAGAACUUGAAUACAUUAGAAAACAUCAAAUGAACAGUGUUGAGAAAAUGAAAAUAUCAUUGGAACAAAUAGACCCGAACAACACAGCAGGGUUAAUCUUUAAGCUGUUGCCUUUAACACUAGAACUGCCGAGCAAAUUGACUUUUCUUAAUUUUUGUAUAGAAACUCCAAAAGUACAUCUACUGAGGUGUCGACUGAUUUCUAGUUCAGUUUGCGUAUAGUGAAAACAAUUUCUUUAAUAAUUCCUCAGAGGAUCAUUUGUUAUCUUCUCAAUAGCGUUAAUCAGAGCAUUCUACUCGCGCAUGCUACAAUCAGUUACACCGGUCCAGGUCCACUAGGCGCUGUUGUCGACGCUGUAUUAAUGCUCGCAGCCGCAGUAAUCACGUUCGAUAACAAAGACAACAUAGUCUCCAUAGAGAAGCCGCAAUGAGGAUACGUUCGUGGACAAUUUCGACCUGAUCGGCCAGCCUCCACCGCUUCCUGAAUCGCUGUGCCUUCCAUGGCCGUGCGGAAGAUUUGAUUCGUCGUUAUCGUGUCGACCAUACGGUCGAACGACGACGCUUGCUCCUCGUCGUUCAACCUGUUCGCUUCCUUCAUGGACAACGCGGCCUGCUGCGAAUAAGUGCACACGGCCCGUUGCAUGCAGGACGUGGUGUCUAUCCCGUGUCGAGCCAGGACGUCGUCCAGUUUCGUCACAAUCUGCGAGACGCCAUUUUCUUCGCCUGCAAUUCGUUCAAUCGUAUCAUCAAACCGCGCCGCUAUAAUGAUCAGUAGAUUGCGGAUCCUCAUGCAAAUUCGAAUUUUGAAAAAUAGAAUUCAAAGAACAACAAAUGGUUCUCCAUAAUAAAUACUUUAAAAAGCACUACACUUUGGAUGUGUUAGGCAAAGCGGACAAUUGCUUGAAAGACCUCACGGAAGACAUUUUUAUUGCCUCGUUAAAAUACACUAUUAUACUAAUUAUUUUACUAUAUUACAUUUCUUUUAAUAAAUAUUAUAUUUUUUUUCCGCUUUACUUCUUACAUUCGCAUUUUAAAAUUUCCCAGCGCCUAAAAAUCCGCAGCCUAAUGAUCAGAGAUGGACAAAGCUUAUGUUCUUUCUUAUGUUCCAUUCAUCAGUUUAAAUAAACUAUUAUUUUAUCUUACUUCUCGCGUACUGGCCGUAGGUGCCAGAGAGGACGUAGAGCAGUUUGGGAAUGAUCAAGAUGGAGCCUACCCCUAUGAUGGCGCCUAGAAGUAGGCCGCCUAAGUCUAUCUUCGCGGGGGCGACAGACGACACUCCGUAACCCUACAAAAUUAGGGU